AUGACCCCCUCCCAUCGAGCUCUCAGGUCGCCGCUUCGAUCGCAGAAAGACGGCGAGCAGCCUCCAGAAGAAAACGGCGUGAAUGCCAAUUGCACCGGCACCCCGAGACACCAUGCUCGCCAUUCUAGGCAAAAUUCGGCGAACAGGCUCUCCAACAGCCGCUUCUCCAUCCACACCCUGGAUGAAAUCGACGGCAACACCCAGAGCAACCGCAGCAGCGUCACCAUCCGCCCCGCUCACGCCCAGGGCAACGGUCUUCCAAACGAAGGUGUUGGGCCCGCACCGGGCAUCGGUCUCCUGGAUGGCUUCGACUUUGACGACGCUUUGGUCAAGUUCGCCGCCGAACGUGAAAACUUCCUCGACGACCUCACCUUCAGCGCCGGCGCCAAGCUGCAAGCCAGGCCGCCAAUGGUCAACCCGCGUGCAGAGAGAAUCAAGGCUGAGGAUAGUGACCAGAGUGGGAGGAGAAGCCCGCUUCGGAACCUCGAGAGGAGCAUUAAGGGCAGCAUUCGUCGCAAGAUGAGCUUCAGGGACAUGAACAGCUCGCGCAGGCAGCCUGUCACACCGAGGGCGAACACGCCAGGCGCCGGCGCGAUACCUCGACAAGGCUCGAUUCGCACCACGAGACGCUUGAGCAACUACAACUCUGUGAUCCCACCGCCCGAACCUCUCAAUACCGACCCUAAUAUGCAUCCUCUGAAGCGACGCUUCGAGCCUGUCCUGCUCGACCGCUACCCAGCCAAGGAUGUUCCAGAAGAGACCGCGCGAAGGGGCAAGUUCCCUGAUUAUGUCCCCAUGUUUGCCUUCCCGAACGAUAUUCAAAUUGUCUCCUCCGACGACAGACCCCGCUCCACGUGGCAUGGCUUUACCAUGACCUCUGACGACAACUCCAAGAUUUACGGCAUCACCAUCAUCAUUUGGACGGCUCUGACGUCUGAUGUCGCGGAGGAGGUUGAGAAAAGAUGCGAGCAGUGGCGGCAGAGGCACAUGUCCAACGAGGAGCGCGAGCUGGCGGCGAGCUUAGGCGUCAGACUGGCUGCUGAGCGCGCGAACCUUUCAUCACUGCUAGCCAGGCUGCCUUCGGUUCCUUCAGGAUCCUCAGCACGAGACGCACUAGACGACCAAAUCAGCACCGUCGAGGAGAAGAUCAGUCUUAUGACGGAAAUGCUGAGGCCGCUCCGCCACGGAGCGGCUUCCAAAAUCGACGGCCUGACAGCAGGCGAGAGCGGUUUAUGGAGCCCCCGAGCGUACGGUAUCCUUGGCCGCGAUGUUACCCGGAUGGCCUUUUGGAAGGACUGGCUGAGGGCAGUGCUUGUUCCCAUGACGGAUGGCGGUGUGUUGCGAAUUCCGCCAAGCUCUCCCAAGGUGGGACGCUGGCAGCCUUUGGAACGAUACGUCGUCAACCUUUGUACCGAGGCCUUCAGCCCCUUGGGCUCCAAAACUCAGGUCGAAUUAGGCGUGCGAGAGCUCAAGUUGUACGCCAGGCAAGAUGCUGUCAACGAGAUUCCUGGCUCUCGAACUAUCGAUAUUUACGCCUUGUUCCGGUGUCUCUCACUCGACAACAUCGUGGCCCUCUUCGAGUACGCCAUGUCCGAGUCACGCAUCAUCUUCCUCUCAUCGCACACUGGCAUGCUCCAUCUUGCAUGCCAUGCACUUGUCAACCUGCUGUACCCACUCAAAUGGGCAAGCAUCUUCAUCCCUGUUCUUCCGGCACGCUUGCUCUCAGCUCUGGAGGCGCCUUGCCCGUACAUCGUUGGCGUUGAGCGCCGCUACGAACGUAUUGAGCUUCCAGAGGAUGACUAUGUAUUGGUGGAUCUUGACAAGGACACCAUCGAUGCAACGUCGCAACCGGUCCGCCUCCCGCGACAGCAUCGACGCAAGCUCCAUGCGCUCUUGCAGGUCGCGGCGCCGGCGAAAUUGCGGUACGGUGUCGCCACCGGCCCGCCGCCGUAUGCGAUGGAAUCAUUCCCAUACGAUGCCUUCUCCGCAGAGAACCCUUCGCUCUACAAUGAUCACACUUCACCCAGCACGUUGGCCCAGUGGGUGGCCCAGAAUUCUGCAACCUUUGGCGAGCCGAGCCCCGCAUCGGAAGUGAAACCGCCCAUUUUUAACGCUUUCCUACAUUCCAAAGUCGACCCGAAUAAACCAGACCGGCCCGGCACGAGCAAGUCAACGAGGACCAGCCCGCCUUCAUCUGUCUCGCCUGUCUCGAUUAACUUCCCGCCCAUGCCCACUACGCCGGUGUCAAGAAGCGACUCUGGCUUUGCAUUGACAUCGACGCUACGUGAGAAGCGAUCCCGCAACUUUGAUGAAAAGACCCGCCGCAGCUCUUCAUUCGGCGUUGACAAGCAUGGCCCUCUUCACCGACCCAGCAUUCCGUUUUUGAACGGUAACGGUCAUGCUCCAAGCAUGUCCAUCUCUGCAAUUUCGGUGGAUUCACAGCCGUACGCGCAGUCCUCGUAUGGUGGAGGCUAUGCUCCGUCCGCAUACGCGCAAUCGACUCUCGCGGCGUCGACGAUCAUGCCUAACAUGCUGAUCCAGCCCGUGUUCAACACGGAGACGACGGUGUGGGUGGAGGGGCACUGCUUCAACUGGGAAGAAGGCGCGCUCUCUUCUUCCUGCAGCGUCUGCGACGAUCGUGCCGAGGGCGAUGGGAUCUACAAGUGUUCUGGAUGCAGCGCCUUCGCUCACGGACGCUGUCUGGGCUGCGUUUCUCUGGCCUGCCACCAGAGCUUCUAUCCUGACAGGGUCAGAGCUGCCUUUGUGCGAUGCCUCGCCAGUCUGCUUUAUACCUAUCGGAAGCACCUCGGCCGGCCAUCGAAGGAUCAGAAGAAUAACGGUCGGAUGUACGCCUUUGAUAUGGACGGGUUCAUCAAGAGUCUCCCGUACGAUCAACAGGAAUAUGCCAACAUGAUGCGUGAAACACAAGCUUUCAACGAAUUCAUCCAUGAACGCGAGACCAAGCCAGGUACCACUGCGUCCAUUAGGUUUUUCGAUGAGAUCAUCAUGGCCAAGAAGGCACGGGGUCGUCCAGGAAUAGUAUCUGGGCUAUCGCGCCUGUCCACGAUCCGGUCGUCCCAUGGGGCCUCGAGCAACUCAUCUGCCUUUUCUCCGCCGUCGCGACUCAAGAUUCCGACGUACCUCAGCGACACGUCGGAUCACAUGUGGCGCACGGCGUCUGUGCCAGUCCCCAGUGCGAAGUUUCCAGGCGACUACCGGUCUAUUGUAACAAGAAUCCCCGCCAGGCUGGACACCUCGCUCAUGCGAGAACCUCGCGUCAUCCAGGGUGUGCCGCGGCCUGAACAACGCGGCACGCGGGGGCUGGUCAGGAAACAAGUCCCGAGCAUGCUGGGAACCUCGCCGACCAACUAG